AUGGUGUUUCAAAAUCCUUUCAAAGUCGAGCAAUACAUGGAUGAGCAUGAAACUAACAUCACUUAUAAUCUGGGGGAAACUUGUUGUCACUCACUUUCAUUAAAAGAUAUUGAGCAAUUAUCAGGGAAUCCACCACCUUUGGAUAAAAUUGAUAGUAUAAGACUGACAUAUGGUGCUAUUAGAGGUACAGAUGACUUGAAAAAUGGUAUUUCCAGCUUAUACGAUAACAUUGGUCUUGAUGAUAUUGUUGUUACAAAUGGUGCGAUUGGUGCCAAUUUCCUAACUAUUUAUAGUUUGAUCGAUUCAACUGAUCAUGUCAUUGUCGUUGACCCAACUUAUGAGCAAUUGAAGUCUGUUCCUACAAUUUUCAAAGGUGAAGUUUCACUGCUACCUUUAAAGAGUGAAGAAGGUUGGAUUCCAUCAGUUGAUACCUUAAAGAGUUUAAUCAAACCAAAUACCAAACUAAUCAUCAUCAAUAACCCAAAUAAUCCAAGUGGACAAUACAUUCAAACUUCAAUUUUGGAGAAGAUUGUUAAUGUUGCUAAAGAAAAUGAUGCUUAUCUCUUGUGUGAUGAAGUUUAUAGACCUUUAUUCCAUGGUGUUUCAAAGCCUAAAUCUAUUGUGGAGCUUUAUGAAAAAGGUAUCUCAACUGGCUCUUGUUCAAAGGCAUUUUCCGCCGCAGGUAUCAGACUAGGAUGGAUAGCAUCAAAAGAUAAAGAUUUCAUAAAUGCUUGUUUUCUAAGAAGAGACUACAACACAAUUUCCAUCUCAAUGAUUGAUGACAUUAUUGGAACUUAUAUUUUGCUAAAUAAAGAUGCAAUCUUGAAAAGAAACCAUGAGCUUUGUGCUCAAAAUAUCAAGAUCAUUGAGGAUUUUGUUCACCGUAAUUCAACAAAGGUCAGUUGGGUCAAGCCAAACUCAGGUGCAACAUGUUUCAUUAAACUUCACACAGUUGAAAACACAUAUGACUUUUGUUCUAAUUUGGCAGUACAACACAGUACAUUGAUUGUCCCUGGUGAAGUCUUUGAUCAUCCAGGAUAUAUCAGGAUUGGUUUUGGUAAUUCAUCAAAAGAAUUGGUUGAGGGAUUGAAGAUCCUUGAGGCUUUGAUUUGA